AGCUGUGUGUCUAUGAAGAGUGACCGGUCCAUGGCGGAACCUCUGAUUCAGCGAGGACGGGAGGGACCCAGCGUGUGUCUAUGAAGAGUGACCGAUCCAUGGUGGAACCUCUUGGAUUCAGAUUCUGCAGAGGAGGAGGAAGAGAAGCCAGCUGGGUGUCGAUGAAGAGUGACCGGUCCAUGGCGGAACCUCUUGGAUUCAGCACAGGACGAGGAGGAAAACCCAGCUGUGUGUCGAUGAAGAGUGACCGGUCCAUGGCGGAACCUCUUGGAUUCAGCAGAGGACGAGGAAGAAAACCCAGCUGUGUGUCGAUGAAGAGUGACCGGUCCAUGGCGGAACCUCUUGGAUUCAGCAGAGGACGAGGAGGAAAACCCAGCUGGGUGUCUAUGAAGAGUGACCGGUCCAUGGCGGAACCUCUUGGAUUCAGGAGAGGACGAAGAGGAGAACCUAGCCGUGUGUCUAUGAACCCAGAGCUGAACUCACUGCAGAUAAACACUCAGGUGGAGGAAACUGAAGACCUGCAUCAGGAUUCUUACCAACCAGUGAACGACGUCCUGAACAGAGUCUUAGAGACACACAAAACCAGCAUGAAGAACAAGUACGAGAGCUUAUUUGAGGGAAUCAGAACAGAAGAGAAUAAAACCCUCCUGAACAGGAUUUACACACAGCUCUACAUCAUAGAGGGAGAGAGUGAAGGAGUGAAUAAAGAACAUGAGGUUCUACAGAUGGACAAAACAUCCAGGAAACACCUACAAGACAUUUCAAUCGACUGCUUAGACAUCUUUAAACAUGUAGAAGGUUCAAAAGGAGAAACGGAUCAAAAAAAGAUCGAAGCUGUUCUGACUAAAGGAAUCGCUGGAAUUGGAAAAACUGUCUCUGUGCAGAAGUUCAUUCUGGACUGGGCUGAAGGAAAAGCCAAUCAGGAUGUAGAGCUCAUGUUUGUGCUUCCGUUCCGGGAGCUGAACCUGAUUAAAGAUGGUCAAUACAGUCUUCAUGGACUUCUGUGUGGUUUCCAUCCUGAGCUCAAAGAUCUGGACCCAGAGAUUUAUGAUCAGAUCAAAGCUGUGUUUAUAUUUGAUGGUCUGGAUGAAAGCAGAAUUCCACUGGACUUUGAACAGUGUGAGAAAGUAUCUGACAUCACCAUGACAUCAUCAGUGGGUGUGUUGAUGACAAACCUCAUCAAAGGAGAGCUGCUUCCCUCUGCUCUGAUCUGGAUCACCUCCCGACCAGCAGCAGCCAAUCAGAUCCCUCCUAAAUACAUCAACCGUGUGACAGAGAUUCAGGGAUUCAGUGACCCACAGAAGGAGGAGUACUUCAGGAAGAGGAUCAGUGAUGAAGACCAAGCCCAGAGAAUCAUCUCCCACAUUAAGACAGCGAGGAGCCUCCACAUCAUGUGCCACAUUCCAGUCUUCUGCUGGAUCUCAGCCACUGUUCUUCAGAGAAUCAUGAAACAGCCUCAUACAGAAAUCCCUAAAACUCUCACUGAAAUGUACUCACACUUCCUGAUCACUCAGACCAACAUGAAGAACGAGAAGUAUGAGGAGAAACAUGAGAGAGACCAAAGAAACCUGCUGGAGUCCAACAGAAUCAUGUUUCUAAAAAUGGCUAAACUGGCUUUCACACAGCUGAUGAAGGGCAAUGUGAUGUUCUAUGAAGAGGACCUGAGAGAGAACGGCAUUGAUGUCACUGAUGCCUCAGUGUAUUCUGGGAUUUUCACUGAGAUCUUUAGGAAGGAGGAAUGUGUGCUUUUCCAGAAGAAGGUCUACAGCUUUGUUCAUCUGAGCUUUCAGGAGUUCCUGGCUGCUGUUUAUGUGAUUCACUGCUAUGAGUGCAAAAUCAUGAAGGAACUGCAGUGUUUUAAACCACAGUACAGUGAGUGGUCUGAGAAUGUUCCACUGGAUGAUCUGCUGGAAGGAGCAGUGAAUAAAGCCUUAAAGAGUCAGAAUGGACACCUAGAUCUUUUCCUCCGUUUCCUGCUGGGAAUCUUGCUGGAGUCCAAUCAGAAACUCCUACAGGGUCUACUGACACAGAUACAGAGACAACCAGAGAGAAUUAAAGAGCACAUCAAGAACAUAAUAACAAAUACAGAUGAAGAUGAAGAAGAUGAACAAGAUCACAUCUCAGCUGAGAGAUCCAUUAAUCUGUUCUUCUGUCUGUCUGAAAUGAAUGACCAGACUCUCUUCAGACAGAUUCAGGAGUAUCUAAAAUCAGAGAGACACUCAGAGGAGAAACUCUCUCCUGCACAGUGUUCAGCAGUAGCCUAUAUGAUCCUGAACUCAGAGGAGGUUCUGGAUGAGCUGGACCUGAAGAAAUACACAUCAUCAGAGGAGGGUUAUAGGAGACUGAUCCCAGCUGUGACCGUCUGCAGAAAAGCCCUUCUUAGCCAUCAAGCCCAGGAGGAGAAGAGCUGAUUAAACUGUUCUUUCACUCCAUAAAGAGCUGCAACGUCACGAACAGACAGACCUGCUGAUGAGUAACUCUCGAUGGCUCCACAGGCCGGAUGUGAGAAGGGCGUCCGAAUGUCUGAGUUUGAUCUGAAUUCUGCAGAAAAAGCCGAUUAUUCGCCUCCUCUAAAGCUCUGAACACUAUGGGGUCGACAUCUGAAUCAGCCGAGGCAGCUAAAUGGAGCCGACUGUCCCCACAGCCUCCACACGAACCAGUAAACAACCCAGACCUGCAUUUUCAGCCAGACCAGCCGAGACUCUCAGAUCUCUGACUGUCUGCUGCUGUAAGAAGCCGUUACUGUACUGUCUGGUCCUUAGUUACCGCUGAGAGAGCAAGACAUGAACAAUCCAUCUACAGAGUCUGACAUCGAUCAACCGAUAGGAAUGUUGAGACGCUGUGACAUCAUUGGCUGACAGCCCCUUUAUUAGCAUAAGGAC